CAGGUGCUAAUUGUAAAUAGUGACAGUGUUUCUGUAUUUGUUGGAGAUAUCAUGACCAAAGACUGCUAAUACUUCAGGAAUAAAAUCCCGUUCUUCACCACAACAAUGGAGACCUCAGAAUAUACAGAACCAGUCCCCUCUGUGCAGGCACCACUGCCAAAUCUGUUGGGUGAGGUACUGGAGAGGGACGUCACAUUCUGUGUGGACACGUCGGGAAGUAUGUACCGCUGUCUGCACGUCAUAAAGGAGCAACUUAUAGAAACUCUCAUGAACCACGCCCAGAGAGGAGACACAACGUUCAACAUCAUUGAAUUUAAUUCUGAAGUGACGCAGUGGGCCGACAAGUUGGUAAAGUGCACGCCCGAGACGGUGGCGGUUGCUGUCGAAUGGAUCAACAAACUAUCGGCCACCACCGGCACGAACACCCAAGACGCCUUGCUGACCGCACUGAGUGACCCCCAUUGUCGGGCGGUGUAUCUGAUCACCGACGGUUUGCCCGACCAGCAUCCCGAAGACAUACUGGACAAUGUGGCCACCGUGGUUGACAACCGGCCCAUCCACUGCAUCUAUCUUGCACAUGAGAAAGCCGACGAAGCAGCGACAGAAUUUCUCGAAGAUCUGGCCAUCGAGAGUUAUGGCUCGUUUCAUAUCGUGUCGUUAUCAACUCACGGCUGCGUCGAGAAGAUCACGCCAAUAUACAGAUCCGACCACGGUUCAGGGAGGGUUAUUAGGACUGUUGAAAAUGUUAUACGGAAAACCGAUGUUAAGAUGUGCAGUGUUGCCACAACGCUCGCGGUUGAUCCAGAGACAGAGUACAUCCUGGCACCGAGAACUGCAUCGCUGAGUCACUGGCUUCACCCCCCGCCCUGGUGGCCACCGAUGUACCCAUCCCGGUACUACUACCCUUCGUACUGGAGUCGGUACCGACCAGCCAAGUCGUGGCUGAAGGCCCAGGAUGCACUGAAUGAUGAGAUUGAGUUUUCUCCUGGUGCUGGUGCUCUGCUGGUGGGGAAGAAAGUUAUGGCAAGAAGAAUGGAUAAUGGUUACUUUUAUCUGGGAAAUGUUCAAAGUCAGAUCUUAUCGGACAAGUUUCUUAUAGCCUUUGGUCCAAAUAAGCAUGGGAAGUACAAGGAAACCACAUACCAAGACACAUAUGUGUGGGACAUUAUAGACUUUUUUGAUUCUAAACGACACACAAUUCUAACCGGUGAUAGGGUUCUAGCUCCGUGGGAGCCGGAAGGAGAGCGGUACGGGCCUGGGAUAGUCAUCGAUGGCCACGAGAAACGCAUAAAUGAAGGUCCCAGCGACAAAACGAUAACCGUCACGUUCAGCGAUGGCAAAACCGAAACGGUGCCUUUGGAUGUGGCUCUUUGGAUUCCGGAGCCAGUUUAUGAGAGACUCGCACUGGAGUUGAAGAUGCCACGAGAAGCCAGGGAAACACUUCAGACCCAGAGGGACUAUCCCUCGGAGAACCUCACGGGUUACCCCACCUCGGGUGCAGUUGCUUCCCCUGCCGUCUACCCGCGAGCUGCAACAGUUGUGAUGGAUUCGGACCCAGUCUUCAUAAACAGCCUGUAUCACUGCGCACCGUACGCCCCUUUCUACCCUCGACCGGUCAUGUGUCAUUAUCAGAACAACAAACCAAGCAAAGUGGUGAAGUCGGCGGUGAAAAGCGAGGACGUGAACGCCGUCAUUCCGGGAACGAACAUAACCCAGAAGGAGCUGGAUGAAAAGGUCACAUCCCAGCUGAUGGAACACAAAUUGUUUCUGGACGAGAGAGAGAAUGAGAAAGUCCAGCCGGGCAAGAAGCUACUGAAGAAACGUGAAAAACAGCUUGAGAAUUCACUGAAGAAAUCGGUCACCUUCAACGAGGCCGAACUGCUGAAACAAGAACUGAAUUACAGUGCCAACAAUGCCGAUGAUAUUUGCGUCCAUGACUUGGACUACGAGGACAGAGAGAUGAUCUCGCCAGAGAAUGGUGACAUCGAUGUGGAAGAAGAUGUUAGGAGGAGGGAUGAUGUCACGAGUACGGGAGUGAACAUGGAUUCAAGUCUGCUGUUCCACAGGUCACGUAGUCUAGGCAGACGGCCGCCGUGGAGGUACUGGAACAGGGAUCCCAGUCCCACGAAGGCUGAAGCGAAGAGCCGACACGGACCGUUCAGGGAAACUGCUCUGCAGGCCCCGCUGGAGGCUAGAGACCAGCGCAUGCUCAAUGGCAGUGUGGAAUGGCCGAGCUCAGCCUUCAGAUAUGUCGAUCAGUUUGCCAAGCAUGACUAUUCCAACUCCGUGGAGCUGCUCUUCAAGAAACCUAGACCACCACCGGCUUCAGGGGAUGUCCAGAGAGAUUCUGGGGGCGGUGUGGCUGCGUCGUUAGGUUACCGUGUGGAAUCCACGAGUCCAGAAGAGGCACGCAGGGAAUACAGGCGGCAAAAGAUCGUUGAGCGCCAGGCGGAGUGGGAGAACCGUGUGUGCGAGACGGAGAGCAUGAAGCAGGCCAUGCAGGACCAGCACCACGAGCGAAUCCUCCACCAGCUGGCCCUGGAGCGUGAACGACAGAUGGGUGAGAAGAACGCCAUCCUGCAGGCGCGGGAGGCAAAGAAGAACAUCAGCCGCGAGCUGCGGGCCCGCAUCGAGGAGAACCAGAAGAGGGAGAUGGAGAUAGAGGAGCAGAGGAUCAAGGCCAUGAGACUGAGGAGGGAGCAGCGGGAGGCCCUCGAGGCUCAGAGGGACAAGGAAAUCGCUGACACGGUCGAAAGAAGACAGCAAAUUAAAGUUCAGAAAUCUCAGGCCAGACUGGAUGCCAGGGUUGCCCAGCUAGACGAAGAGGACACAGCAAAUACGACUCACCAGAACAAAAUGCAGAGUGCCAAGGCACAGAGAUUGAAACAUUUCCAGACUAUUGAACAGGGUGCCCAAAAGAUGAAGGAUUUAAGAAUAGGUGUCAAGGUUCAGCAACAAGACAUGCUUAGAUCUCAGAUAUUUCCAUAAUACAAUCUUAUCAAUUAACAUGGCUAUAUAUAUAUAUACAUGUAUUUAGAGUGUGUGAGAGAGAGAGACCAUUUAAGAAUAGGUGUCACGGUUCAGCAACAAGACAUGCUUAGAUCUCAGAUAUUUCCAUAAUACAAUCUUGUCAAUUAACAUAGCUAUAUAUAUAUAUAUACAUGUAUUUAGAGUGUGUGAGAGAGAGAGAGAGAGAGACCAUUUAAGAAACCCAAAACAAAACCCUCCAAUAAUUAUCGCUUUCUGUAUUUUAGCUAUUGUUUAAUAGUCUGUCAGUUUGUAAACUAUUAUAUUAUUUUUUGUUUAAUUUUUCAUAAAAUAUUAGGAAAAGAAUUAUGGCUGGGUUGAUGAAAUGGUGUGAUUUUAGCAAUAGGUAUUUUUUGAGAGACACUGUAAACCCAUUUUGAUAUAAUUAUUAACCAAAAUGUAGUGCCGUUGCACGCUCAAUAUCCCAUGCUUGGCACACUAAACAUUGGACAUCCAGUUUUCCAAAUCCUGUAUCCAUCCAUGACAUGGGAAAAAAAACUGUGAUAUUUUUAUACCUCUUAGCUGAUGAUGUUAACUCUUAAAAGAAAGAAAGUAGUGUCCCUGUAUUACCGUUAUUUCAAAUCUGUUUGUAGCACAGAUACAUGUAGGUGGGUAAUUUAUACAGUGAACCCUAUUUAAACCGGACCCUGAACAAACCUGUCCAAACCAGCUAAGUUUCAUGGUCCCAAAUUUUUUAAAUUCUAAAAUGCGACUCUCUGAACACUGGAUUCUGUGUCAGUCAGAUUCUGUGUCAAUUGGAUUCUGUGUCGAUCAGAUUCUGUGUCAAUCAGAUAUUUAUUGAGUCCCCAGGGUGAUCUGGUUUCACUAUAGAUCUUUCAAAUCCACUUUUAGUACAUGAUCAUUAACGGUUAUUAAUUUAUCAUAAAGCUACUGUUGUUGCCUUUAAUUGUUUAAAAAUACACAAAUAACAUAUUCUUAUGAUGUUCAAUUUUGUUCCCUGGUAUAUAAUAAAUUCUGAAAAUGGAUAAUUUGAGGUAGAAUACAUAUUGAUAUUCUGUAUCUUCAUUUGAACUAUUUUAUUGUGUAGAAAUUCUUUGAAGUUUAUGUCAUAGUUGUUAUAAAGUUAUGAACAACUAGAUUACACCAUCCACUCUAUGAUUAGCAGUAUGUUUAUUUUUGUUUUUGAGUCGUAUGUCAUUUAUUGAUAUAAUUUUAUGUGUCUGAAUUUUAUUAGUUCCCCAUUAAGGUUUUAUUUAUGUUCUGUUGUGUCUUUUAAUCACACACUGGAAACACUCUUCAUUGAUUCAUGCGUAUGUGCAUAAAUAAUUCCAUAUGCAUCUAGGUGCAACUCGUAAUCUUUUUGUUGAAGAUUUUAAGACUUAGCAUACAUGUACUAGUGUGUAAUCUCCAUGAAACAAAGUGUAUUGCAGUGAUUCUUCACUUCAGUCUUUACUCAUUUUAUGUUUACAUGUAAUGAUCAUGUUUAGCAACUGUGUGCUAAUGAACUAUUCCAUUUCUAGGCACAUUUUUUAUAAUUUACUGUCUAUCAUGAACUUCUUAUGGACAGUGUAUUUAGAUUGAUUUUUACAGUCAAUUCUUUGGUUUUCAGUUUUUACUCCUUUUAAUAAGAGUUAUUUUCCUUUAUACUAUACUAGUUCUGGGGUAUUGGUUUACUUAUUAUUAAACUAUACCUUGCAACAGUUGUUGACAGAUGUGUCUGUGAAUGAACAUUUUAUGAUGGCUGUGAUAAUUCUCCUUUUCUUCUAUUUAUUGUUUACUGUGUAGCAUGCCUGUUAGUGGUAAUGUACAUGUAUGUUUAAUAUAUUUCAGAUAUAUUUAUGACUAUUGUACAUUUAUUAAACUUGUGAAUUUACUAAUCAAAUAUGAAAUCAUAACUGUGAUUUCUUAGUGUGAUUUGCAGUAACAGUUUGAAACAUGCAACCAGUCUUUCUCUUUUCAAUCAGUGCACAACAAUUUGUAUGUAAAAUGCUGUGGUAGGUGCUGUCCUUUUGAUGAAACUGCACAUAAAAAGAACCCAUACUUCUUAUGGGUACUAACAGUAGCCUUGUGGAGGUAGCAGAUUUCUUCUACUGUUCUCUAGACUACUUGUCACAACUGCAACAUGUUGGGCAUUUAUCAGCCACUGUUAUGUUGUGAACAUGCAGUUUUCCUUUUUUAUAAGCAUUGAAAGAUGCUAGGAACACACGGCUUUCAGAUGGAAGCCUAGGAGCCAAUGCAUACGGUAUUACAUGGGUCUCGCUACAUGUCAUAAGCAAUGGCGGGCCUGCCAUCUUUUAAGACUAAUUUCCAAUAUGCCCGCCAUCCAUUGGCAGCGAUAGUAAUAUCUGCCAUCCGUUUAUUUAGGUCGCCAUCCAAAAUCACAAGUCGUGUCAUCGUCUUGAACUACCAUCGUUUUCAAGACAUUUUCGAAGUACUUGUACCCUGCAAAUCUUGGGUACCAUCCCUUCCUAUAAGUGGAACCAGCUCUUCCGAUUCCCUCCCUCCCUUUCCUGAAUACUGGAGAGACCACUGUAUUAUACAUACCAACUCAUCCUCAGGGUGGGAGGAGAGGCGCCACCCUUACCUCCACCUACUUCUAAGGCUUAUUCCUUGAUAAUGUGUAAGAAUGUCAAAAUGAAUUAUAAUGCAUGGGUGAACAUGCAUCAGUCAAACUACUAACUGAAGAAAACUUUGGCUUUAAUAUUCUAAAUUUCUAAAUUGGCCUCAGCAAUUAGAAAAUCCCUGUCCCGAGUCAGACCCUGCGAUCCUAUCAGAGGCCGGACUCGGGAUAGGCGUGUUUGAAACCAUAGUCGUAUAAGGACACGUUAAACCAGUUAAUAAUAAUAAUGCAACAAACUAGCUAAAAUACAUGUAUAUAUUUUAUUGAUUACUAAGCCUCUUUGAAAAGUAGCUUCUGGAAAAUCUGAGCUUCGUGACCCGUCUUACUCUAUACAGCAAACCAUAAAUGUUUGGUGUAUUAAUUGAAUUGGAUGCUGCAGAUUGUUACUACAAGUUGAGAAUUCACCUCAAAGCUUUAGACAUUUAUGCAUGUGAUGGGUGUUAUUUAUUCUGUAGUUGCAUUAGAACCAUUGAUCUCAUUAAAUUAGUCAUGUUGUGUUUUAAGAAAUCAACUUGUGUUGCUGUUGUUGGUUUAUAAAAUACUUACGCUAUUGCUAAUUACAGGGUGCAAACACUAUAUCCUGUCUUGUCUGGAGUGCCUUAACAUACCUGUUAUUCUAACUGUAUAUAGGUCUGUAUACUAGUAGUAGUGUUGUAACAACGUAAAAUAAUCUGAGCUAAUUUGAAGCAGGAUUAUUAUAGUCUAACCUGUGUUAUUAAGCACCCACCAAAAGGAGUAUCAAAAAGUGGCCUUUUUAGACAGGUGGAUGCUUAAUUGAGGCCUGUUCAUACUAUAGUAGAUGAUAUGGGAGAAUUAAAAUGUGGCCUUUACAGAGGUGGCUGCUUAAUACAGGUGCCCGAUAGAGCAGGUUUAACUAUUUGUAGUCUCCACCUUUUUGUUUUGUUAUUGUGUACAUCUGUACAUGAACAGCCAUGUAAAACAAAGUGGAGCACCAAUGUAUGGUGAUUGGGUUGUUGGGGUCAUGAGAAAGGGUUCAUGGGAUCUGGAGUAAUCUUCACUAAUGUCAUUAUUGGGCCCUUGGAUGUUUGAAUUUGGUAAAACAAUCUGAUUCUUUUCUCCUUUUUAAUAUUAUGUUAGGUGGGUGUGUGUGUGAUAAAACUGCACAGUAUGAACUUCUUCACCUAAUCAAAGUUUUCAAGCCACCAAAAUUGUUUGGCUAUAGAAAAUUAACUGAUUUAUUCUCACGGUAGACCAUCUCUGGUGUGCCCAUAUGUCCAUUAACUUAUUUUUUGGGGGACAUCUUAAUGUUAUCUUUAUCAAAUUUUAUUAGUUAAAUGUACAAAGCCUGCCACUAUUAGGUCAUUUUGAUAAUUUUGAUAAUUAAAUAUAAAAGCUUAAUCUGGUUUAAAAAAUAAUCUUUUUUUUUUUUUUUUUUUAUUAUUAUUAUUAUUUUUUUUUUAUCAAAUCCUCAAGGCUGUUUGAAUAAAUUACAGUAUGAUCUGCGUUUCAAAAUACAGAAUUGACCUAGACUGACUGUGCUGUAACUAACAUUAUUUGCAUUGUCAUUACACUAUGGUAGCCUUUUAAUUUAAUUACCAUGCAGGGUCCCGUUUUACCUAGCGAUCUUAGCGCUAAGAUCACCUUGAGUGAUUAUUGUAGUUAUGCACUUUAUGUGAUCUUAGUGCUAAGAUCGCUUUAUAAAAUGCAGCCCAGGCUAAUAAUAAAGUUAAUUUGAUGUCUUGACCUGUGGAAUCUGAUCAUGCUCUGAAGUUUUCAUUGUUAAAACCAAAAAUGAAACCAUGAAGCGAAUUAAACUUCGAAAUAGCUUUUGAGAAAUUUGUAUUAUUUAUAGUACAGUUUUUGGGGUUGUUUUUUUGAUACUCUGACUUGAUACUCUGCAGUUAUAUUUUGUUUUUUAUUGAAUGCCUUAUUAAAAUCAAUGAUUUUGUUUAUCAGCAUUAGAUUAAUGUGCCUUUCUUAUUUAUAUCCCCCACACAGAUAGUUUUUAUCUCUAUCUUUCUGGUUUUAAUUUUAUUCUCGGGUUUGUUAGUGACAGUGUUGAGUAGCAAAGAUUUUAUACAAAAUACUACAGAUUACCAAAACAUGGUCGACUGAUAUUUUCAGCUGAUUUGAAAUUUGUUUUAAAAUGUAAAUAUGGUAUCUACUUAUGUUCAUAGUUACCAUUUACAAAUAGAUUUUUUAAAUAUCUGUCUAUUGUGCAGUCUUUUGUUAGUUCUUUGAUUGUUACUUAUAAGCAUGCAUGUGGCAAAUAACGAGAAUCAUUAAAACAAAUUUGCAUGCUUUAUGUUUACAAAAUUGAAUGAUUGUUACUAUAUGUAGCAUUCCUUCAUCUGCAUAUUUUCAUGUUUGCUAACCGAUCAUCUCUUUAAAUUCUAUUUUGUUGGCGUUUGUUUUAAAUUCAAUUGUAAAAACGUCAUGAAGGGACAGUUCCUGUCGGUUUUGUUUUGGCAAGGUUUUUGUUAUUUAAGAGAAUUUAAGAUUGUUGACUUCUGAAAAUAAACUUUGUAGAAGAGAUUUA